CAUAAGCCACUGUAAACUCCACAGCCCUGAAUAGUGACAGAUAUCUGGUGAGUGCCAGGUUUUGUGUGUGUUGUGUUGGUAAUUUUUUGUAAGUUUCCUUAAGGGUCUGUCACCCAAGCUGCUCUGGGGCUAACUGCCUAGGUUGCUGGGAGCUGUGCUGCUGUCUGUCAGCAGGGCUGUGGAAUUUACAGUGGCUUAGAAUGUGUACCUGGUCCAGUCUAAGAGUGCAGUCCAUUCCUGUGUUGUGGGUAUACUCAGAGGAAAUUACAAAAGCCUGUGUCACCCUAGGAGGUUCCGAGUUGAUUUGUUUGAAAGUAUGCAUUGUGUGUGUGCUGGUUGAAGUCCCAGUAAGGGAAAGAUCUUGAGGUGGUCCUGGGCUUAAACCGUUUGUCACCAAAUGCAACUGAUGUUCCCAUUUUGCCUUUAAAUAUUACUGUGUGCCUUCUGAAAAAUGAAUUUGGGAUAUCUGUCAUUAUAUGAACAAACUGAUGAGAAUUUUGAAGAUUUAAAUGAUGAAGAUGAUAUCACCAGUGAUUUGCCAAGCCCAACAGUUUCAUCGUAUGAACUUGUGGAAAACAAGACCCAAAAUUCUCCAUAUGAUGAGGCAUUUGGAUGGUAUAAAAAAUUUCCCCCUGCGCAUUUCAACAAAAUAUACUUCAAGAUCCAUCAGAAAGAAACCAAAAUGUCAGCAUCAUGCGAACUUCACCAGGAGGAAGAACAACGAAGAGGUUUUACUUCAGAUAGUCAGACAUCAUUUUCAAGCAGUGAAACCUGUGAUGUGGAAUCUAAAGCUACAACAAAAUUAACUAAAUACCUACCUAAGUUAACAUUCUCUGUAAUGAAAAAUGACAACUUUGUGCUACAUCCAAUGUCACUCUGUCUUCCGUUUCCCACAACAGUUAAUCUAAAGAGAAACAAAGAAAAAGUGAAUGAAAGAAUCAAAGAACAAGGAAGAGGUUUUACUUCAGAUAGUCAGACGUCAUUUGCAAGCAGUGAAACCUGUGAUGUGGAAUCCAAAGCUUCAAAAAAAUUAAAUAAAUACCUACCUAAGUUAACAUUCUCUGUUCCCAGGAAAAUGGAAACUACACCACUAAGCCAGGACGCAACAUUGGAUGACCCUUAUGAAAAAAUUGAAGACUUUGCCUUCACAGAAGAUGACGCUGCACGCAUCAGAUGUGACGCAGACCUGCAGGAUCUCCAGGGGACUAGAGUUCCCAGGAAAAUGGAAACUACACCACUAAGAAAGGACCCAACAUUAGAUGACCCUUAUGAAAAAAUUGAAGACUUUGCCUUCACAGAAGAUGACGCUGCACGCAUCAGAUGUGACGCAGACCUGCAGGAUCUGCAGGGGACUAGAGGUACAAGCAUCGCAGAACUUCUCGUAACCUGCUACAACUUUUUCUUUCGUAAAUGUCAAGACGGCCAACCUCACUCUUCAGGAGCUUUAAUGGAAGACAACAAAAAAUGUUAUAAACAAAACAGAAACAAUAAAAAUAAAAACUACUCAGAUAAAGAGCUUAAAGUUGGGAACCAUCAACCUGGACCAGAAUAUAGUCCAAGAAAAAUCUCAAUAGGGGAUUUCUUUCAACAAGGAAAGACAAUUGGAACAUCAUUCAAAUGUCUAUUUCUGUAUCUCCAGCUACUGCUUUGCAUUUCUGUAUCUACUUGUGAUUAUCACAGCCUGAGCUAUUACCAUUCUGGAGUGUCAGAGCGCAUCCCAGGUCUGCCACAAUUUAUGGCAGUGGGGUAUGUAGAUGACGAACAGAUAGACAGCUACAACAGUGAUACAAGGGAGCUCAUACCUGUGACUAAGUGGAUAGAAAAUAACGAAGAUGUUUCUUACUGGAAGAGGCAGACAACUUAUCGCAGAGGAUGGGAAGAGGUGUUUAAGGAUGAUCUGAUGAUCUUAAAUGGCCGCUUCAAUAAAACUGCAGACCUCCACACAUUUCAGCUAAUGUAUAACUGUGGGCUGGAUGACGAUGGAAAUACAGAGGGGCAUUAUCAGUACGGUUUUGAUGGUGGUAAUUUUAUUGAUCUGGAUACGAAUGGACUAUUGUGGGUGCCUUACACACAUGAGGCUGAAAUAAGCACUCAGAGAUGGAACAGGGAACAGCAUGUCGCCAACAGAGUCCAUAGCUAUCUCAAAGAUGGAUGUAUUAAAGCUCUUAGAAACUAUAUCAGUCUUGCUGGAAAAGAUAGGACAGUUCCCCCACAAGUUAAGGUUUCCGGUCACCAAUCAGACACUGUGACAAAGCUUUACUGCUGGGUGUACGGGUUUUACCCUAAAGCUGUGGAUGUCAAGUGGGUGAAGAACGGAGAAAUCGAUUUAAUGUCAGAGGAGGCAACACAAGUCCUCCCCAACCCUGAUGGGACCUAUCAGCUCAGGGUCACUGUGGAGGUGAUACCUAAGCAUGGGGACAGUUUCUCCUGUCAUGUGGAUCACAGCAGCCUGAAGGAGCCACUUACUGUGCUUUGGGAACCCAAUAAAUCCCAUUUCCAUCUGUACAUCAUUGUUGGUGUAAUUGUAGCUGUUUUACUUAUCUGGUCAGCUGGUGUUGGUGGAUACGUCGUAUACAGGAAGAAGAAUCCUUAUACAAAGGCUCCAAAUAAGGAUAAUGAUUCCUCCCCAGCUUCAUCCACUACUGCCUGAGUGGCCACAAGUCACACACAGACAAGUGACAAAUGCUGAAGGAUCCGUCAGUAACGUAGUGGGAGGAGUCACAUCCCUUCCCGCGUGCUCUGUGUGUUUAUAUCAUGCACAUACAGCGGACUGUGUCACAUACACAUCUGUAAUACUCCGCUUUUUACAUUAUAAGUAAUUAUUUCUGUCAUUCCUCUAUCUGCUCUAAAUGCAUCAAAGAAACAGUAUUGUCAUUCAGUACAUUACUCAUUCACUUACUUGCUUGGCUGAACUAGGGAAUGGGUUUGCAUAUUUGUAAUUCUAUUAAAUGGUGUUUUUUUCUUGAAA